UGAGUGUAUUUCACACCGCUGCAAAUCGGCGGAGCAAAUCCUGCAGGCGGUAGAUAUUAUCCACAAGGCUGACCUCGCUGGGGUUUUUAAAAAAUAUUGUCUUACUUAAUUCCCUCGUUUGCAAAGGAUCAGAAUUGCAGGAAUCGCCUGCAAUUGGCAUCUGCAGUAGUAGUGAGGAAAUAUUGCUGUCCAGUUGCAAUGAAGGCGGCGGGUGAUGUUCCGUCUCUGAAGAAGGCAGCGAGCUGCGGCGAGAUGGCAUUGCGCUGCCUGUCGGACCACAGCCUCAGCAUCGGCCGCUGCAAGGCGGAAGAGGACCCGCUGGACCUGCAGUAUGACAUGAAGGAUUGCUACUCCAAGCUCAAGCAGUUGGUGCCCACCAUCCCGCCGAACAAGAAGGUGAGCAAAGUGGAGAUCCUGCAGCAUGUCAUCGACUACAUCUUGGACCUGCAGCUGGCUCUGGAGACGCACCCGGCUCUGGUGAGAGCUCAGACGGCGAUCGGCUGCCCCAGGGCGCCGUUAACAGCCCUGAAUACCGAACAGAGUGGGUCUAAAGUCAGAAGACAGGAGGACAGUAUUUUAUGCCGCUGAUGCGACGCUGUGGGAGGUGCGCCUGGCGAAUCUCACACACACACACAUAUAGACACACACACACACACAUAUAGACACACACACACACACAACCAGAGAGGGAGAAGAGAAGGAAAACAGAACACAAACUAACCCUAGCGUUCAACGCCUCAACCCUGCCCAGCGAUUCCAUCCUGAGAGAAAGGGCUUAUGCCAAAAUAAUUUCUCAUCUCUUAUGCUGCUCGUAGCGUUUUACCCACAGACUUUUUUUUUAAAGAAAAAAAAACAAAAAAAAAUUAAACUCAGGCCUGUGAUCUUGGGCGAAACUUGAGGGGGGAGGGAGGGAGGGAGGGAGAGGGGAAGAAGUGGGUUGUAAAACGGAGUGACUUCGCAGGCUGAACGACGCCUUGUUUGAAAGCAGAAGAGGCGCCCUGGGGGAAAGAAAAUCCCUUGUAAAGGAGAUCAGAAAGUUUCACCGACUAAAAGAACUGAUUCCCGACGCUCUUGCUAAUUCAACAGCCCCUUUCAGAAGUGCUGUCAUGAUCUGUUUCAAAUAGACGACUGGUCGGACCAAGAGGAGUUGCCGUGUGCCCAUUUAAAAUACACACUAUGUAUAGUACAAUACGAGGUCGGGGCAAAUCUUACCUGCUGUACAUAGUCAAGAUGUUCUUUAUUGUGUACGUGGAAAUGUAUAUGCUUUAAUAGAUCAUUGUAAUUAUAAAAUAUUUUUUAUUAAAAAAGAUUUUUGUA